AUGGGUGUCCAGAAGAAAGAAAAGGUCCGCAAGGAGCGCGAGGGCAAGACGGGCGAUGGCAUGGGCAAUGUCAAGGUCAAGGGCACCAACUUCUACCGCGAUGCGAAGAAGGUCAAGGUUCUCAAGCGCCUCACAGACGGCAAGGCUCAGCGCAACGCCAAGGGAGACAUCACCAAGGCUGCUGUCUACCAGAACCGCGAUGCGCCAGUCGCCCGUGUCGAGCCCAACAGGAAGUGGUUCAACAACACGCGAGUAAUAUCGCAAGAUGCCUUGGACAGCUUCCGCUCGGCCGUACAGGCGCAAGCCUCCGACCCUACCACCUUCCUGAUGAAGCGCAACAAGCUCCCCAUGAGCUUGAUCGAGACACCAGGCCAGAUCCCCGGCCUGAAGCAGCAUGCUGCCAAGAUUGCCGUCGGCAGUCAGCCUUUCUCAGAGACCUUUGGCCCCAAAGCUCAGCGGAAACGACCGAAGCUUGAUUUCAGCUCUAUUGAGGAUCUUGCUGGUCGCACAGGAAGCAUGCACGAGACAUACGUGGAGCGCCUCGAGCAGGCCAAGCUGUUGUCGGGCACGUCUGGCGAGGCAGAGACCAACGAGUCUUUCAACGACAACCCCAACGGCGAGCUUACAUCCGCGCGCGAGUUCAUCUUCAUGAAGGGUACUUCGAAGCGUAUCUGGAACGAGCUGUACAAGGUCAUCGACUCGUCCGAUGUUAUUCUACACGUUCUAGACGCCCGUGAUCCUGAUGGAACCCGUUGCCGCUCCGUCGAAAAGUACAUUCGUACUGAGGCACCUCACAAACAUCUGGUCUUCGUCCUCAACAAGGUCGAUCUUGUUCCUUCCAAGGUUGCUGCCGCCUGGGUACGCCACCUUAGCAAGGAGUUCCCCACACUUGCUUUCCACGCCUCCAUCAAUAACAGCUUCGGUAAAGGUUCCUUGAUCGCCCUUCUCCGACAGUUCAGCUCUCUCCACAGCGAUCGUAAACAAGUCUCUGUGGGCAUGGUCGGUUAUCCCAACACUGGUAAAUCGUCCAUCAUCAACACUCUGCGGAAAAAGAAGGUGUGCGUUGUUGCGCCCAUUGCGGGUGAGACCAAGGUCUGGCAAUACAUCACUUUGAUGAAGCGCAUUUACAUGAUCGACUGUCCUGGUAUCGUCCCACCGAACCAGAACGAUACCGAUCAGGACCUCCUACUCCGCGGUAGUGUUCGUGUUGAGAACGUCGAGUACCCAGCACAGUACAUUGAAGAAGUUUUGAAGCGGGUACAACCGCGUCAUCUCCAGCGAACGUACGACAUCAAGGCAUCCGACUACAAUGACGAUGCCGUCGCGUUUUUGGAGCUACUGUGCAGGAAGAGUGGCCGUCUGCUCAAGGGCGGUGAAGCCGACAUUGACGGUGCUGCUAAGAUGGUUCUGAACGACUGGAUAAGAGGAAAGCUUCCAUGGUUCACUCCACCACCGUACAAGGAGGGUGACGAUGUGAGCGGACCCAUCAACCCCAAGCGUGAAGGCCUGAUGGGUGAGAUGAGCAAGAAGAGGAAGCGUGGUGGUGAGAGCGAGGCUGCUGGAAGCGUGGCUGCGAAGACAGACGCCACCGGUGCGACGCAAGACGAAAGCGACGACGAUGACGAUGACUUUAGCGGCUUCAGCGAUGAAGAUGGCGUGGAGAUGGAUGAUGAUGAUGAAGAGGAGUCCGACGAUGAGGAAGGCGGUGAAGCUGAGGAUGAUGAGGAAAGUGAAGACGAUGCACAGGUCGAGGAAGAGCUUGCCGCGAUAACGCAAGCGCUGGCUAAGGCGAAGAAGCGGCAAAAGACCACGUAA